UUAUGGAUGUAGCGAGUCUUUCUGGACUCAAAUGGAAGUCUUCUAUUAUGAAAGUGGUAACACUUCAGUUACUCAUAAUCAUCUCCCAUUGUCAGACACCACACUCCCCAUCACUUUCAGUCCGGGUCGCUGUUCCCUCACCAUGGCAGUCUCUCCCCCUCUCUCAGGCUGAUCUGGGCUUUCUUUUUACUAACUCCAGCCCCUUCACCUUCACCCAGUCUCUGUUGCUCAUGCCUCCAUCUGGAACGGCCUCCAAACCUCUUCUCCGUGCUACAUUUGGUUCCUACACCAUUACACAGGUGAUGUCUGAACCCAUUCCUCCCCUUACUCCAUCUCUCACUGCAUCACUCCUUUCUAAAACCAUUGUGAAAGAAAUAGAGGGUGACAGAGAAGAGCGGUAUAAGGUGCGAGUGCUGUUUCAUAUGAGGGGUGAUGUUAACAGAGGAACCUGCGCUACUCUCCACGCUUUCAAACAGACUGAAGAACAGAAAGCUUCCUGCAUCACUCAGCCACCUUUUGGGUUGUGUGUGGUCACUCUGACACUUUCGAACAACUGGUUUGAGCCUAUUCAAAACAUCAAGGCAAAUGUAGACCAGAUUUUCAAGCAACGUCACCUGAGCAGAAACCGCUCUCGUUCUCGUACCCGCGGGAGAAGGCAUCCGUAUGUUCCAGGAGGACUCAGGGGCCAGUCUGAUAAAAUUCAGCUCUACUACUCUUCCUUUGGCAUUGUGUCCAAUCCUAAAGUCGGACCUCCUCGAUGUGUGGAGGAAGUACUGCAGCAGUCCGAGAGGAAGUUGUACUACAUUGGUCCUGUGGGACUUGAAGAUCAACAGGUCAACAAGACAGAGCAGAGCUCUGAAUGCUUAGAUAGACAAGUGGAAGAGAAACUUUGGUUGGAUUCCAAUGUGCUAAUUGUCUACAGCAAAGGGCCUGUACGAGCUGGACAACCAGUCAGAGUGUCAGUAAACCUAAGGGCAAAUUUUAGUGUGGAGUCUCUGACCAUCAGAUUUAAAGUCAAAAAAGGACUGUUGUCUUUAAUGGUUCAUCCUGUCACAAACUCUGACCUGUGGAUGGUUAAUGUAGAAAGGACAACGGGUUCAAAACAUGAUGUUAUUUCCAUCAUUAGCCACAGCACUGGUACUCAUCCAGACAGCACUGGCACUAACGCUCUAAGCCAGGUAUCCUGUCUCUCAUUUGAGGCUUUACACAGAAACUUUGGCAUAGCGAUGACUGUCACUGCUACCUGGUGGGUGGAGUACUCAACACGCAAGUUUGCAGUAUCACCACACGGGGCAGCAACAAGCUUUUUCUCCUUUACUGACAGAGAAGUGGUGGGCAUUGCCCCCAUCACAGAGAGUAACACUAUUAUCAACACAGCCAUUUUGACGAGCCAGCCCGUGUCACUUCCUGUCAUUGUCCUAGCAGUGGGCCUUGAUAGCAAAGUAUCAGAUGUUACCACAGCUGUGAAGUGUCAUUCAGACAAUGAAGAUAUUGUCAAGGUGUCUGAUGAUUGCUCUGUGAUUUUUGUGGAUGGGAGUGAAUCAGGAAGGGGCAGCAUCUGUGUGGAGCUGGAGUUUUCUUUGGGGAUGCUCAGUGGCUCUUUGUGUUUGUCUGUGUGGGCUCCGGUAGUUCCACUGCGUGUGUCUCUCUCUGACUCUGUCCUGAGUCCCAUCAAAGGCUGGAGCUAUUACAGUGAGGGCGGGUGUGAACCAGUUUAUCAGAGAUCCACUAUACAGAUUUUGGCACAAUUCAGUGCCCAAUCAGCAGCUCAAGGCCAACCAACCUAUAUGCUCGGCUCGUCGGAUUGGUUUGUGGAUGUGACUGAACUUGUCCGAGACUGGCUGAGGAUAGAAAACACAUAUAUUGCAGCUCUUGAUAAACAAAAACACCUAAUUGGCUUGAAGCCUGGAAUUACAUCAGUACAUGUGAUAUCAAGUCAGUGGGAUGGAGUGCUUGGAAGUGCUAAUGUCAUUGUAACCUCUGAACCUGUCACUCCUGGUGACCUCUCAGUUCAGUUGGUUGGAGGGCUUGGCUUGUCCAUUAAUUCCAGCCCAUCUCAUCCAUCUAUUGUUACAGCAACAGUAAAUGCUCACAACACACUGUACAACCACGGGCAAGAAGCAUCCAUCAGUGUUUGGAUCCAGUUUGAUGAUGACACCACCAUACCUGUACAUGCUUUUAGUGGGAUUCCCUAUACACUCCGACUCUCCUCAUUGGCUGAGUCUGUGGUUGCUGUCACACCUCCUCCAUCCCAGCGCAUUUUGGCACAAGGCGAUGGCGGAGGGCCUCUUGUGAAAGCUGAGCUUCUGGUUUCCACCUGUGUAACAACUUUAAACCACGUUGAACCGGAAGUAAUCCAAAAAGGAAGUGAAGCAAAAAAAUUGGCUAAAGGCUCUGGCUGGAUAAGGGUGAACCUGAACAUGGACUUUUGGCCAAUGGGAAAUGAGGAAACCAACUUUGAGAUGCAUGAUGUGACUGAUAUUUUUGUCAACUCCAACAAGGAUCUGUAUGAUAACUUUGACGAAGAACAAAUUAUGGUAAAUUCCACAAGCGACUAUGAUGUUGGUAAUGACGUGUUCAGAAGAAAUGACUUGGAGCACGCGGUUUUGAUUCCCAACCAUAAAGAGAAGGCUGUGUAUUUGUCUCCUGGGGUGGAGAAAGAGAGAAAAGAGGUUAAAACCGCUGAUAGACAAGUAGAGAUUGGCAUUGGAGCUGUCCUUUCUCUUCUCUGUCUUUCUUCGCUCCUCUUCCUGGUCAACUGCCUGCCAUGUGCACUGAGAGAACAGAGAAACAGAGAAAGACGAGAGGGACAUGUAAAAGACACUGUGGAGGAAGACGAGGAAACUGGAGAAGAGCAAGCAGAGAAGGCAGAGAGAAAACAGUGUAGUGAAGUAGUAAACGGGAAAGGACAGAGGGGAAAGGAAAUGACUUUUUGACUUUCAGAAUAUCACACAUUGCAUAUAACCUUGUGCAUUUCCUGGAAAAAGUCAGUAAAUCUUUACUUGCCCUUUACAAUCGCAUAAUUAUAGCAGUGACCAUCAAUGUGAAUUUUUAGGUGGGAUGUGGGACAACGGUAAUGUAAAUUAUGUAUUUUUGGCUAUUGUUUGAUGUUAAUAGUUUUAGUUUUAGUUCUUUUAAAGUCAUCAGUACAAGAAAUCAUGCAUUAGAGAAAACAUAAGAAUACCACUACACAAUCUGACAAACUUUUUUAUGAUCUGAAAUAAUAACUUACAUAUACUUAAAGGAUUUUAGACUUUUUUUUUACACCACUCAAAUAUUAAAUAAAGGUAAAAAAGAUUCAAAUGUUUUUUUUUUUUUUCUAAAACAAGGAGCUGACAGUAUUGUCGUACAGAUACAAUUUCAAAGACUUUAUUACCAUAAUAAAACUGAUGUGAUUCUUAUU